CCCACAGACAUGGUUCCACCUCCAGUCCAGACAGAGCUGGUUAAUCAGUCACCCACAGACAUGGUUCCACCUCCAGUCCAGACAGAGCUGGUUAAUCAGUCACCCACAGACAUGGUUCCACCUCCACUGCAGGCAGAACUGGUCUAUGAAUCACACACAGACAUGGUUCCACCUCCAGUCCAGGCAGAGCUGGUCCAUCAGUCACCCACAGACAUGGUUCCACCUCCACUGCAGACAGAACUGGUCUAUGAAUCACCCACAGACAUGGUUCCACCACCACUGCAGACAGAGCUGGUCCAUGAAUCACACACAGACAUGGUUCCACCUCCACUGCAGACAGAGCUGGUCCAUGAGUCACCCACAGACAUGGUUCCACCACCACUGCAGACAGAGCUGGUCCAUGAAUCACCCACAGACAUGGUUCCACCUCCACUGCAGACAGAGCUGGUCUAUGAAUCACAGACAGACAUGGUUCCACCUCCACUGCAGGCAGAGCUGGUCCAUGAAUCACAGACAGACAUGGUUCCACCUCCAGUCCAGACAGAGCUGGUCUAUGAAUCACCCACAGACAUGGUUCCACCUCCAGUUCAGACAGAAGUCAGAGGCAGAAGCCGUACAGAGAAACAUGACGUAGAGACACAACACCCUGCAGGCAGAGGGUCAGAGAGAAUCACAGAGAAAAUUUCCACAGCUCGAGAAAAAAUUGCAGCCAUAUUUUCUAGGGCUCAAGCAAAAAUUGCAGCUUUUUUCGCUGCAGUCCAAGAAAAAUUUGCUAUUUGUUUUUCAAGGAUCAGAGAAAUAAUGGCUGCUGUUUGUUCUGCCUUUAAGGCGAAAACUGCUCAAUCAACCGGAGAAAACAUUCCUAACUGGAAAGAGAUGCAAUUGCUGCUGUUUAUCCUGCCACCAGAACGACAAUGUCAGUUUUUUCCAGGAUCAGAUGGAGAACUGCUGCUGGUUCCUCGAAAACCAGAGCAGAAAAUUCUGCUGCUUUUUCCGCUGUCAAAGCGACAGCUCUGGGUGGAUCUUUCAACACCAGAGACAGAAUUGUGGCUGAGAUAUCCAAAACCAAGACCUGUCUUUUCAUUGUUCUUUCCACAGUCCGACCAAAGUACCACGGUGACUUUUGGAGACGAAGAAGAUGAUGCACCAACAGAAGAUGUGCUUAUAUUCUUUCCAAACUCAAAGCAGGCAGUGCUGGUGGAAUUGUCCCCGGCCACUGGAAUUUUUGAACAUUUCAUUGGUAAGCCCAUGAAAGAAGCGACAGCUCCAGCUCGGGAAAUAAGCACUGUCCAAGGCAGCGCUUUGUCCGAGGCAGCAGCAACAAUUGCAGCAGUUUUUGCCAAUGUGCAAGGAAAAAUUGCGGAUGCUCUUCAUGGUGCUGCUAUUUCCAGGCCCAGGCAAAGAAUGGCAUCUGUGUUAUCAAGAGCUAAAGAAAA